CCAGCCCUUCACCAUUCUCCUCGGGUCUACAGAGCAGCCGUGGCCAUGGCGUCUGUGGAGACCCCUGUCAAGGACGGCACCCUCUACCAACAGCACAUGAAGUUUGGCAAGAAAUGCUGGCGGAAAGUGUGGGCUCUGCUGUAUGCCGGCAGCCCGUCAGGUGUAGCUCGGCUGGAAAGCUGGGAUGUUCGUGACGGUGGCCUGGGGCCAGCAGGCGAAAGAUCUACAGCACCUGGCCGUCGAGGCGAGCGUCGGGUCAUACGCUUGGCUGACUGUGUGUCUGUUCUGCCUGUGGAUGGUGAGAGCUGUCCCAGGGACACGGGUGCCUUCCUGAUCACCACCACUGAACGAAGCCACCUGCUGGCUGCACAGCACCGCCAGUCGUGGAUGGGCCCCAUCUGCCAGCUGGCCUUCCCGGGCAAUGGAGAGUGCUCUUCCAGAUCAGGGCAAGCAGAGACUCCACAACGGGGCUUUGUUGCCAUGGAGGAAAACUCCAUCUACUCCUCCUGGCAAGAAGUGGGUGAGUUCCCAGUGGUGGUGCAGAGGACCGAGGCCACCACCCGCUGCCACCUGAAAGGGCCUUACCUCCUGGUGCUGGGCCAAGAUGACAUUCAGCUUCGGGAGACUUCCAGCCCCCAGGCCUGCUACAGCUGGCCCUACUGCUUCCUGCGCAAGUUCGGCUCUGACAAGGGCGUGUUUUCUUUUGAGGCUGGCCGCCGUUGUGAUUCAGGUGAGGGCCUUUUUGCCUUCAGCAGCCCACGUGCCCCAGACAUUUGUGGGGCAGUGGCAGCUGCCAUUUCCCGCCAGCGGGAAAGGCUUCCAGAGCUGGCCAUGUCCCCACCCUGCCCCCUGCCUCGGGCCCUCUCCCUACCCUCCCUAGAGCCCCCUGGAGAGCUUCUGGAGGUGGCCCCAGGAUUUGAGCUGGCCACUUCCAGAAAGCUGCCUAGGACUGACCCUGGGCCUCAAAGCCUGCCACUGCUGCUCGGCCCUACACAAGAAGAAACUGUAUCCGGUCUCUAUGCAUCUGUGUCCAAGCAGACCACCAGGCCCAUGGCCUCUGGGGAGUACCUCUAUGAGAACCUGUGCAUGCUGGAGGCCAGUCCUGGGCUGUCCAAUGGGGGCCCCGAGUCCCAAGAGGGCCCUUCUGGCGUCCACAGCCCCCUGGCCAGCCCCAUCUAUCACAACAACGAGGACUUGAGUUGGCCCGGCUCGGCCCAUGACAGCAGCUUGGAAGCCCAGUACCGGAGGCUGCUAGAGCUGGAGCUAGAUGAGGCUGCAGGCCCCGGCCGCUCUGGUGCACAAGCAGGCAUCAAGGCCAAGCUGGUGACCCUGCUGACUCGUGAACGGAAGAAGGGCCCUGUCCCCUGUGACCGGCCCUGAAGGCCUGUGCAGGGGCAGCAGGGCAGAGGUGAUGUCCCAGGAAACAGAGGGAGCAACUUCAAACAUAUCCCUGCCUACUCUGACAAGCAGGGACAAGCCAGGCAGCCCGGAGAGGAGCCGCACACUGCCCUAUCCACUCCCAUCUGACAGUGUACAGGUUGACCAAUAAUAAAGCUUGUCUUCCA